AUGGCGAACUCAAUAGCGGCCUCAAUGGUAACUCCAGAUACAUUGGCAGCCCUCCUCAAACGGAACAAGGAAUGGGCAGCCAGAACGGCCUGUCAGUACCCAUGCCUCUUCCCCGACCAGGCAAAAGGCCAGAAGCCCGAUAUUCUCUGGAUUGGCUGCUCCGACUCUCGCUGCCCCGAGACAACCCUCCUCGACCUGCAACCGGGCGACGUGUUUGUCCACCGGAAUAUCGCAAACUUACUGCACCCAGCCGACCUCAGCUCCACUGCUGUCAUCGAAAACUGCGGAGGUGUCGCCGCGGCGAUGGAGGACAAGUCGCUUGGUAUUCUCGAUCCAUGGCUCCUGCCUCUGAGGGAGCUCCGCGAGGCCCACCAAGAUGAACUGGACUCGCUUCCGGAAGAAAUGGCGGCGCUUAAGCUGGUUGAGUUGAAUGUCCUCGCUGGAGUGAAGACGCUGAAGCGAACGAAUGUUGUGGCGGAGGCGAUGCGGAAAGGCCUCAAAGUCUAUGGACUUGUUUAUGACGUGGGGAGCGGUAUCCUUCAAGAGUUGGUGGCGGGCAAGUCCGACAAGGUGAUUAAGAGACAGUUCACUUCGGAGUCCUUCAAGACGGACUUGUAG